AGAAGUAACGAAAAUUUUUGGCACCGCAGCAAGCCUUGGCCCCUUGGCUCUUCGAAAGGAGCAAUCUUCGCCGAAAUUGCAUUGUUGAGUGCUGUAGGUGAGUCCAAUUUGGUGUGGUCUUUGCUGUCCACUUCUAUCGGUGGAUGAAGCUAGUGGCGCCGCCUCAGCCAUGGCCAGUGGGAGCGAAAGUUCGGACGAGUUCUUCGAUGCUGUGGAAGACGGUUCACCCACUGUCUACAAAGACGCGUCGGAAGGCAGCCCGCUCAGUUCCGGUAACACCGAUGGAAACCCAGUAGGCCAGGAUAACAACUCGCAGUCAUCAUCGCAGGCGCAGGCUACAAUCAAGCCGGUACUGGUAUCCCAUCGUAAUCAGCGAUUUAGAGACUUACGUCAAAGCAUGCAAAACGAUGACGACGAAAAUGCGGGCAAUAUAUUGACCCCUGACUCACAGACCAGCUCUGCGGAAGGUUUGUACAUUCCAGCCAGUCGAUCAAACUACCCUUUCCGGGUGAUCGAAAGUGAUGUAGCCAGCAUACACAGCAUAUGUUCUCUGGGAAUAGUUGGCCGAAUCAUGGCAGGUGGAAGCAUUGAUAUCAGUGGACACAGUACGGGAAAGGAUUCAUCUACCAGCCGGGCUCUGCUCAAUAAACCGAUAGUCGCACCAGAGCCAAAAAUUAUUGAUAGAACCAAGGAUCCGGAUGUAAUCAGCAGCACAAAGCAGACGAAGGCGGGAUCGAAAUCGAAUAUCUUUUCGUCGACCACUACUAUGGAACCACCAGUGGCGCCACCGAGGCGAAAGAAAAAGCUGCGCAAACAGUCGAGCAGCUCAUCGGAGCAGUUCAACUUGAACGAGGGCCGCCGACUACCAGCAGCGGACAGCUCUUCCAGUGAGAAAUUGUCCAUGAAGAGACCUGCACAACCUCCGCCGGCACCACCGACUUUUGGCAAAGCGUCUGGUCCAGCAGACGGCAGCAGUACUAUAAGUACAAGCACCGACAGUACUGUUGCCAGCAGCAGUGCCAGCGGGUCUGAGGUAGCAAUCGGCGGCCCUGAGGCUCUGCCGAUGGCUGCUGUGAGCUCCACCGGCGACACACCAGCCGUACCAGCGGUAGAUGCUUCCGAUGUGCCAACUUGGCCCGCCACGCUCGAGUCGAUUACGCGGGAGAUCGAAAAUUCAUUCAAAGAGUCGUCCGCACCGACGGCUUCCCCAGUAAUGAUUUCCAGCGGUAAUGUCCCGGGCCUGGAUACGGCUGCUGCCGGUAGCGCGGCGACUUCGGGCAGCUCUAGCAGCAGUCGUCUGAAACUGGGGCAACUGGCCUCCUCGUUCUCUCACGGCACUGGCGGUGAAGGACAGUCUGGUUUAGUCACUGGUUCGAUGAACCGUUUGACGCAUCUGGUAACGAGCGGUCGCGAAACGGCACACGGUGGCAUGGCAUCCGGUGGGCGCGAUUGGUCGGCCACUACAACGAUCAGUCCAUCUGGCAGCGUUAAGAGCAAUUCGGCACCGGCGCGCGUAAGCUGGAUCGAAGGAGGCGUGAUCGGGUUGAACAUCUACAAAGCCACCAAGGGCCAGUUCGUGGUGAAGCCAACGGAUGGCGCAUUCAACAAGGCGGAGGGCCCAUCGCGGGACGAGAUAGCACGGGUGGAAAGGUUGCGCAAAGUCGGGCCUCCGUUGGAAGGAGCCGCUAGUGGAGUCACCGUGGGUGGUAGUGGUAACCGUCGUAUGAACCUCUCCGCUACCGGCACCAAUAGCCUAGAGAGCGGCACCCGCGGCCUCAGCCCUCUCGCCAAGCAGGUUUACCUAAAGGAGCGACGCAAGUCGGCUGGUGACGAGGAGAUGCUCAAGCAGCUGAACAUGUACGUGCGCACGCGCACUGACUCCGGCAAGGAGCUAACGGACCUGGAAAUCCUCGAACAAGUGCCGGUGAAGAACCUAGACACGGGUGAAAACUUCCCGCUGUCGGCCGUGGAAGAAAAAUUACCGCAAUGCAUAAAUCCGCUAUCGCUGCACAUAAUGCGCCUGACGAGCCACAUCCCCGAGACCGACGAGGAGUCCGUGGCGGCCCAGCCCGACUGUGAUUCGAUCCAGCCCGACGACGAAGAGGAACUGGAGUCGAAGGGGUCCGAGCGGGGACGGCAGAAGCGUAAAACUGCCCGCAUUAAGCACUUUAUCCGCUCGACUACCCGCAAAACGGUCAGCAAGGCUCGCUCGAUCGCAUCGGAGCUGACGCACGCGCGCCAUAAGGAAGAUGUGGCAGACAUACGGGACGUGAGCAACCCCGAGCAGAACAUCAAGAUCAAGGCGUCCAGCACGAACAAAGGGCCAUAUGAUUUCGCCAAGUUGCAGCACGUGCAGGAUCUGCGGGGCGCCUGCAAGUCAGCCGUCUGGUGCAUGAAGUUCAGCUGCUGCGGGCGCCUGCUGGCGACGGCGGGCCAGGAUAGAAUGCUGCGCAUCUGGGUCCUGCGUGACGCCUACCCGUUCUUUGCGGAUAUGCGUACGAAGUACAAUGCAGUACCGAAGUCUUCACCGACGCCGUCACAAGAAUCACUCAACUCGUCGCACAAUUCAACUGAGGAGGCAUUGGCACUCGAGGCGGCCAGCGGCAACUCGAUCGGUCCAUUCAUGUCGCGCUCAUUUUGCACCUACUCCGGUCACACGUCGGAUUUGCUGGAUGUAUCAUGGUCCAAAAACUACUUCAUCCUUUCGAGCUCGAUGGACAAAACGGUGCGACUGUGGCAUAUCUCGCGCCGUGAGUGCCUCUGCUGUUUCCAGCACAUUGAUUUCGUAACGGCGAUCGCCUUCCACCCGCGCGACGAUCGCUAUUUCCUUAGCGGCAGCCUGGACGGUAAGCUGCGGCUCUGGAACAUCCCGGAGAAGAAGGUGGCACUGUGGAACGAGGUGGACGGGCAAACCAAGCUGAUAACGGCUGCAAAUUUUUGCGAAAACGGCAAAUUUGCCGUCGUCGGCACCUACGAUGGACGGUGCAUAUUCUACAACACCGAUCAGCUCAAGUACCACACCCAGAUUCACGUACGAUCGACCAGAGGUCGCAAUGCUGUCGGGCGCAAAAUUAGCGGCAUCGAACCGAAGCCAGGGGAGAAUAAAAUUCUGGUCACGUCGAACGAUAGCCGCAUCCGAUUGUACGAUCUGCGCGAUUUGAAUCUGAGCUGCAAGUACAAGGGAUACUUUAACUCGUCGUCGCAGAUCAAAGCUUCUUUCAGUCAGGAUGGCAAGUACGUCGUGUCGGGCUCAGAGAACCAGUGCAUUUACAUUUGGAAGACGCACCACGAGUAUAAUAAGCUGAGCACGGUAAGGGUCCGUCGCGAUCGUAGCGACUUUUGGGAAGGCAUCAAAGCGCACAACGCAACCGUUACUUGUGCCAUCUUUGCCCCACAUCCGGAAGCCAUCAUUCAGCUGGAUCCAGACGAAACGGCCAGUUUGGAAUGUCCUUCCCCAAACGCAUCUUCGGGUUCAAUGAGCGACAAAAACGGAGGUCGUGGCUACGUAUUGGUGAGUGGAGACUUUAACGGCAGCAUCAAAGUGUUUAUCAAUAAGACAAAGCCGAAGCACAGCAGCCUGCCGUACACCGCGAUAGCGGACUAAGACGAAUCUUGGACACGUACCGCGGCGCUUAGCCCCUAGGCACACGCACACCAACGCACAGGUGGUCCAAUUUAACUACCGAUGAGCAGAAAAGGCAGCACAGAGCAAUCGAUUCAUGGCGUUAGUUUACAGUAUAGCGGGCGACCGAGUUUUAUGCAUCAGAGAUGACUUCCAGCGGCUGGAAGAGGGUAACACAUAGCAAUAUCUUGUUUAAAGAAUGUUUUAAUGUAUUGAUUGCGUUACGAGCUAAGAAAGCAUCUAGUACCGUACGGUGUACCUUAUGCCUUCGUUUAGGGUUUCAUCAGCAGGAACCAUCUAAGGUUCUUGGCUUUCUUUAUUUAAUCCCAUAGCACAACGACAGCGUUGUUAUAUCCAAGUGAGCGCUUAUUGUAUCCAAGAUCACCUGCACAAUAGGCUGCUAUGUUAAUUUUUUACUAUAUUAAUUCUGCAAAAAAAAACCAAUAACCGUUACCCGCAUGUUUGCCAAAAUUUGCGAGCUGUUUCCUCUGCAAUGUGGCAUAAUUCAAGUGAUGUGGUACUAGCCUUGAGGUGCAGUUUUGUAAAUUUUCCAAAAAAAAACGAACACAAUUCUCGCCAAUAAUACGAAAAACUUUGCUUCGAUACAUCACUAGUAACUUGUUAUAGCCACUUAACGAAAACAAAAAGGCAAGCAUCAACUAACGAACGAUGGUGUAGAAAACCAGGUACAAGAUGCAGAGCAGCAGAAGCUACUUAGUUAUCCCAAGGAGAUUGCGCUGCAGCUGCAGGGAGAAUGCAUCAUCAGAAUGCCACAGACAGCUUUUCGUGUUCAGUUCGCAGUUCCUAUAACAAUACGCAUUUGUUUUCAUUAAUUUAUCACUUGUUUCCACCUUUUCACUGUACCAAUCGAAUACUUUGUAACUAAAUAGAGAACACCACGUACGAACGAACUCGUCUACACACUCACGGCUACCGGACGGUUACGUGCCUUUACGUAUGCUUGCAUGAUACUUCAUAAGCUGCUCUGUUUCACCCGUACCGGAACCGAUGCGGUGUAGUUAGUGUUUAGGAUUUGCGCUUAACCUCUUAUCAGACGCUUAUAGGAAUCACAUAUUAAUAGUACACCUAGUGAGUGUCGUGGAUCGUCACGAAACACCGUCGAAACGGACGGUCUAGUUUUACCAAAGUUAGGAUGCGCUCGUGUUCAUUCAUUUCUCUUAGUCGUUCAGUACGAAACUUGCAAAUUCAAGGGUUGUUGUUGGCAUGACAAUAGUAUGUACUUCGGCGAGCUGUCGAAAUACGGUGUGGCUGUAAUUGUUAUGUGCAGAACCGUAGAACCAUCAAAGCUCAUUCAGGCACACGCCGGGCACCCGACGCAAAAAAAAAAAAGGAAACCGAUGCAUAUAUAUUUGUUCAGCCAUCCAUUGUUGAUUGUUGUUUCACGUGUGUCCUUUUUCGUUUUUAACAUUAGUUUUUGUUUUGCUUUUUUCUUUUGUUGUU